ACCUGGUGACGACAUGGGCUAGGGAACAGCAAGGAGGCAGUGAAGCAUCCAAGCUACUAAUGUUAGGAUUGGAGGUCAAGAAGCUGCUCUCCACAGAGAAUGGGGAGCUUGCAGAUGGACUAAGCUUGGAGGGGAGGUUGCUUUUGACUGACAAUACCAGACCUCGAAGGUGGACAAUCGGGUGCAGUAUGACAGGACACAGUGCAGGAGGCUGUGAGGGCUGCUGAAGAUGUCCGAUAGUCUGGAUAUUGAAGAGAAACCUCCAGCCCCUCCAUUGAGAAUGAACAGCAACAACCGUGACUCUUCAGCGUUGAACCACAGCUCCAAACCGCUCCCCAUGGCCCCGGAAGAGAAGAACAAGAAGGCCAGGCUGCGGUCCAUCUUCCCAGGAGGAGGAGAUAAAACCAAUAAGAAGAAAGAGAAAGAGCGUCCUGAGAUCUCUCUUCCUUCAGAUUUUGAACAUACGAUUCAUGUGGGGUUUGACGCAGUUACCGGGGAAUUCACUGGAAUUCCAGAGCAAUGGGCCAGGCUGUUACAGACCUCCAAUAUAACAAAACUAGAGCAAAAGAAGAAUCCACAAGCUGUUUUAGAUGUUCUCAAAUUCUACGAUUCCAAAGAGACAGUUAACAACCAGAAAUACAUGAGCUUUACUUCAGGAGAUAAGAGCGCCCACGGAUACAUAGCAGCCCAUCCUUCGAGCACAAAAACUGCAUCAGAACCCCCAUUAGCUCCCCCAGUUUCAGAAGAAGAGGAUGAAGAUGAUGAAGAAGAAGAAGACGACAAUGAACCUCCACCUAUUAUUGCACCACGACCUGAGCAUACAAAAUCAAUCUACACUCGGUCUGUAAUUGAACCUGUUGCUGCACCAGCACUAGUUAAAGAGGCUACGACCCCUCAGCCUGAGAACUCAAACACCAACACUUUGUACAGAAACACAGACCGGCAACGAAAAAAAUCCAAGAUGACGGAUGAAGAGAUCCUAGAGAAAUUGAGAAGCAUUGUGAGUGUUGGUGACCCUAAGAAGAAAUAUACACGAUUUGAAAAAAUUGGUCAAGGGGCAUCGGGCACUGUUUAUACAGCAAUAGACAUUGCCACAGGACAAGAGGUGGCCAUAAAGCAAAUGAAUCUCCAGCAGCAGCCUAAAAAGGAACUAAUUAUUAAUGAAAUCCUGGUCAUGAGGGAAAAUAAGAACUCUAACAUUGUUAACUAUUUAGACAGCUACCUAGUCGGCGAUGAACUUUGGGUAGUUAUGGAGUACUUGGCGGGAGGCUCUUUAACGGACGUGGUUACAGAGACCUGUAUGGACGAAGGACAGAUAGCAGCUGUCUGUAGGGAGUGCCUGCAAGCACUGGAUUUCUUGCAUUCAAACCAAGUGAUCCAUAGAGACAUCAAGAGUGACAACAUUCUUCUCGGGAUGGAUGGAUCUGUCAAAUUGACUGAUUUUGGGUUUUGUGCUCAGAUCACACCUGAGCAGAGCAAACGGAGCACAAUGGUGGGGACUCCCUACUGGAUGGCACCGGAAGUAGUGACAAGGAAAGCAUAUGGCCCCAAAGUUGACAUCUGGUCAUUAGGGAUCAUGGCAAUAGAAAUGGUGGAAGGAGAACCCCCGUACCUUAAUGAAAAUCCUCUCAGGGCUUUGUAUCUGAUAGCUACUAAUGGAACCCCAGAACUUCAAAAUCCUGAGAGACUCUCUGCUGUGUUCCGAGACUUUCUGAACCGCUGUCUGGAGAUGGACGUAGACAGACGAGGGUCUGCCAAGGAGCUUUUGCAGCAUCCAUUUUUGAAAUUAGCCAAGCCUCUCUCCAGCCUGACUCCUCUCAUCAUUGCAGCAAAGGAAGCAAUUAAGAACAGCAGCCGCUAGCAUUGUGGACUGGCUUUACCCCAGGCCAGAUCCCUCCAGAGCAGGACUGAACAAAACUCUGUAAAACCUCAAUUCUUGUGCUGCAGGACAGGCAGACAUAAGGACAAACGAACAGUCACAGUCAUGAUGGAGGCCAGCUGUUUUCCAGCUCUUUGAGGACUAGAAACCUAUCAUGUGUCUUCUUCCUGCUCUCUGAUUUCUUAAUUUAUUUCUCAGCUGAAACAGGGCCCAAAACCGAGCUGCCAGGCCAGAAAUCGCCUUGUUGUCUCAGCCAUCUCCACGAUCAAACGAACUCAGUCGCGAGACUCCCAGUGACCAUCCUGUGCAUUUCACUGUUAAAUGAUUGGUUGGUUCUUAAAGAUUCACAAUCACUUUUCUGAGUUUUUUGGUUUGGUUUGGAACGGAAGAAGGGUCCCUCCUGCAUUGAGAAACCUCCUCCAGGCUGAGUUGUCUUUUGAAUACAACCCAUUCGCUAGUAUUUGCCCAUUCAUGGUACUGUUAGAUGGUAAGGAUGAAAGUGAAAGUGCUUUUCCAACCAAAAAUAAAUCAGCCGCCGAGCAGGAAGAGAAUCCUGAUGAGAUAUACGCUUUCAACCGUGAACAUACAGAGUUUGGGUCCUUGGCAGCAUGAUUUGUGCAAUUAACAAUGGUACUUUUGCCUUGGUGAAGUUCUUGUAAACUGAAAAGCAGAAAGGUCAGCAAGUUUGCUCAGAAAGGGCUCGUCUGCUACAAAGCUGUAAUACAAAUGGCGGCCCAGUCUUGCUAGGUGCUGAAUCUCUCCUGCAAAGUGCUCAGCACACAACUUCCCCAUCGGUGAGAUAGAAGGGCAGUUGAGGAUGCUCUGCCCCUUUGCAGACGGGAGGCACUCAGCACCCUGCGGGAUUACACCAGCUGUUCAUAGCAUCAGACCCUAACCAACAGGAGGCUGAAAUCUGCUAUCGGCUGCCUCCAUGCCACUGCAGCCCUAUUUAAAUUUGGGUUUGCACAGAUGUAAUAGAGGGGCAGAAUUCAGCCUAGCGAUUCUUUGAACCAAGUUUGCCCAUCCCCAUGGCUGGCGUGUGACUGCUGAAAAAGGACAGGUAGCAUCUGUAAAAUUCCCAAUCAAUUAGGCAGCCCAGUGCUCUAAACUGUUACUCCGAUGAGUGCCCCUUAGUCAUGUGAAUAAUCCUAUUGAGCUCUGCUGCCAAUGCAACAAAGGAUGGUGGAGGAAAUGUAUUUAAACAAGCGGUUUUGUAGUGCCGGGUGAAGGGAGGGAAAGGUAAAUGCAGACUAGAGUACAUCAAUACUCUUAGGCCAUAAACUGGGUCAGCCUUUACCUCUCCCCUCAAUGCAUGCACCAAACUCACCUUGAUGCUAGUAUGUGUAUGUUGAGGAGAGAAUAAUGGCUGGAAAUGACUGAGGAUUGUACUGGCUCGUAAAUUUAUUUGUAAAGGAGCAGAACAGCUUAAUUAACAAUUUGUAUUAUGUGAACGGACAGACCUGGUUGGCGUUCACUCAGCAAAAUAUUUGCUGCUGGAUUUUAAGGUUAAUACUACAUUUAAAAAUCAAAACCCUUCGAAACAACAGUAGGAUGUGGCUAUUGGUAGCGGGGAGCCCGCCUCUGUAAAAAUAAUAAUAAAUCCUUGAAUGUAGAUCAACGUGACUUCACAUUUAGUUUCCGAUACUGCAAGGAGCUGAGCGUUCCUGAGAGGUACUAAGCAUCCUCAACUCAUGUUGCAGUUCGUAAGAGUUAAGUGUGCUCAGCCCUUCCCUGGAUUAGGCCUUGAGCCUUCGUUUGGCUUGGGAUUUUUUAGUGAGAUCUUUGGGUUGUGACUUUCAUUAAUAUUGCCAACUGGCUGACCCUCAUUAUUUGUCCACCUCAGUUUCUUUGGGGCUUGACUGAGGCAGUGUUUAUUAGUUUACCAUACUCAGCUGCUAGUUAACUUUCCCCCAUCUCCUGGGAUGCAGAACAAGUUUUUGUUUUAUGCCCAAAUAUGUAAAGAUUCUUCUUCUGUAGUGGGAUCAUUUUUGUCUUUGUCCACUCAGGUUAGACAUCUAGGAGAUGGGAGUUUAGGGUUCUUUGAAAAUCCAGUGAUUCAAGCUCACGACGGCCCAACCUUAUUUGGUAAAGAAUCAAUCGUAAAGAAAUAAAUUUAAAUUCCACACAGAAGUAAACAAGUGACAGUUUCUAUUUCCAGGGUAGCUUUUUCUUGUCUUUGUAUCCACAAAGGUGCGUACAUCCGUCCCUUGAAAGGAAAGCACUUUCUGUGGAGCAUUUCUGCUGGAUAUCCAGGACAAAUCUUUUUUGGGGGAGGUUAUGCUAUUCCAUUUGCUGGGUUUUUUCCCUAGUUGUUUUCUUCAGCUAUAAAUAUUUUGCCUUUUUAUCCCAGCCCCACCCUUCAAAGAAAAAAAUUAAAAAGGUAUAAUCAAAGAUAUACACUUCAAAAUGGUGUAUGCUCCAGUGUGUGAAAUAUUGUUGACACUGGCUUUUUAAAUGCAGCUGCUUUAAUAAGAGGCCUUAAUUUUUAUUUUAUUUGUAAAAAUAUUUAUUUAUUUUGCAGCAGCAAAUCCAGAGAUUUUACUUUUUAAAAAAAUUCCUAGUAUGCCGACAAGAUUCAAUAGAAAUCCAGUUCCUGCCAGUGAUUGCAUCCAGCACACAAGCUAUAAUUGCCCAGCUGAGUACUCUGUAAAAGGGACCAAUUACUUGAUGUCCCUUUAUAUAAGGGAGUAGUAGCAUUCCUAAAUCUCUUCACUUGGGAGAUUCUGUGGCACUAAAUGCUUCAAGCCAGUGGAUGCAGAAAGAUAGCAGCGGCUUUUAUAUCCUCCUGGAUUUGGAGGCAGACGUGGAAGUGGAAAACAAUCCUGAAAGAGACAGGCCUUGUGCGUGAAUUACAGAAUUGAAAAAUAGCACAUCAGGAUAGGCAUUGCCUUUGCAGAACGAAAAAGAUGCAAGCAAUCAGAUGAGUCUCUGGUACCAUCUUGUUUUUUGAGAGCCAUCCCUGGUUUAGGCAAUUAUUUAUGUAUAUUUUAAGGAGUAUUAGAGAGAAGCUGUUCCUCCUGUCAAAAGCAUAUAUAAAGACAAACAUACUGUACGUGUUUCAGACACUUUCAUUCCAGGUAUUAAUAGACUGGUUAAUUGCCUUUUCCUAUUUUAUUUUUAAAUUCAUAAUACAAUAAAGAACUUCCAGAUCUCAAAUGUUGUUCCAGUCCCCGGAAUGAUGAGGUGUGAAAACGGCCGUUAGCGCGCCAGGGUUCCGAAAGGUCCGAAGACAGGAGCAAGAAACCUGUAAAAUCAGGGAAGUUUGAGAAGCACAGGACAGAUUAUUUAUUUAAGAAAAUGGAAAAGGAAAAAAAAAAGCCUUACAUGUAACAAGGCUUCUGCCUGCAUUCACGGGAGCCAGAGGAAUUGCUGGAUCUUACAGUGCUCUCAGGUUUUGGUCACAGUAUCGGGCAACGGUUGCGUUAUCACCUGUUGUGUCUUUCUGCUUUUGUAAAUACGUAUGUGUCUGUUUUCCAUCACUGGCUACUGGUUGGCCAAAUCUCAUUGUACACAGAUGAGCUCAGUUAUUUAUUUAUUCUGUUGUUGUUCAGGUUUCUUUGAGGCUAGUGAGAGCAUCUCAACAUUAUAGUUCCUAUCAGCCCGUCCCCCCAGUUUCUGACCCAAGCACAUUCCAGUCACUAACGAAGGGAAAUAUUAAAUCAUAUCCAAUUGCCUAUGUAGCUGUUACUUCCAAAAUGGAGUCAUAGUUUUGGCUACAUAAGGAGUAUUCCUCAGUACUGCACAUGAAACAUGUAAAUAAAUAUAUUUCUUUGCUCAGCGGGUUUGCAUACAACUUGGUUGACAAGCCAGAGAGAUUCCAUAAAAUCUACCAGAGAAGGCAGGAGGAAAUAUUGCUUUGCUUGAAACACCAGGGCAUGCACAGCAAAACUAGAUUAGCCUUUAUGAGCUGUAUAAAAGGCCACUAGCCUGCAUCUUUCCCCAAUGGAGUAUCGUUCAUUCACGCUCAGUAACUUAAAGAUGGGCGGUGGGGGGAAGUGACAAAGGCCCAGAAGCAAAGCCUCCAGCUUUCAAGAUAGUUAUUCUCUCGGACUGGGCAAGUAGCUUCAUUUUUAAACCAUAUUUUUCAGGACAAGGGAAAGGACCUUUGUGUUUCAAGAACGACCGUUCCGAUAGCUCGCUCGGGUUUCUACCAGAAUAUCUGCAUCUUGAGAUCUUCAAGUAUCUUUAAAACACCUCAUUGCUCAUGCCCGUCCUUGAUCUAAAGUGAUCGUUCUCUAGGUGAACCCUGCAGACUCUUACUUACACCUUCCCCUGUUUAUGAAUGGUUCAGAGAUGAGCCAGCAAACUGGGGUUGUGUUACAAAUGCAUAAACCCCUACUUGGAGGUGAAAUCUACCUGUUUUGGCUCAAUGCACAGGCGGUGUGGAUCUUUGGGAAAAGCUGCAGUCUCAAAAAGGGUGUGGCAGGGUGGGGGAAAGAAGUUUAUGUUCUCUUCAUUGGUGCCUUCUGGUCAGACAGCGGUCUGAUUCUGCAAAUACUGUCACUGCUUAGCUAUUCUUCUGAGUAAGCACCACGUUUCAGAAUCUGAUGGUGACUUAAGGCAGGUCUAUACUUACCUGCCGGGUCGACGCAUAGCGUUCGACUUCUCGGAGUUCGAACUAUCGCGUCUAAUCUAGACGCGAUAGUUGUAACUCCGAACGCGCUCCCGUCGACUCCGGAAC